AUGCCUUACGCUUUGGUUUCAGGUGCUUCCUCGGGCAUUGGGUACAACUUGGCAUUGAUUUUGGCCCAGCGUGGGUUCAAAGUGUACGGUGGAGCUCCAGAACAUACGCUUCACUUGAUGGAGCCUUUGCGCCAGCAUGGCGUGGUGCCCUUUGCUUUGGAUAUCAGAAAACCAGAAAGUGUGCAAAAAGCAGUGGAGUUCUUUAGAGAGCAUUCUGGAAGUGACUCUUUGGAUAUCUUGUAUAACAACGCUGGUAUAGCUGAUGGAGGACCAGGGUUCGAUUUUGAAGACGAGGCCAUGAUGAACAUUUUCGCUGUCAAUGUCACUGGCCAUAUGCUUAUGACCAAGUAUUUCACGCCGUUUGUCAUCCAGGCGAAGGGUGCUAUCGUUUAUACGGCAUCUGUGGCUGGCAUUGUGCCGCUCUGCUGGACAUCGCUUUACUGCAGCACAAAGGCUGCCAUUAACGCUUACGCUAAGGGUAUUCGGGUUGAGCUUGAGCCUUUUGGCGUUCGUGUGUACUCUGUGAUUACUGGUGGUGUUGAUACGGACAUUGCCAAAGAGAAGAAGGGUGAUAUCUCUAAGCGUAUUGGUGAAUUGCCUUACCAAAUUCAAGGCCUCGAGGAGAGUAUCCGUGCCAGUGCCAACAUGACGUGCCAUGGUACGAAGCCAAACAAGUACGCCAGAAGCGUGUUGAACAAGGUUCUUGCUAAGCAUAGGGGAUUCAAUAUCUACGAAGGGUACAGAGCUCGCUUGCUCAAGUUUAUACUGAAUUGGUUCCCGCUCUGGCUUCAAUACCGUGUUAUUGGAAGCUUCUUCAAGCAGAAUAAGCCAUUGGCCGAGCUCAGGAAGCGCUACAGGUAG